GUCACACAAGGACACAUGCGGUCACCUUCACUAAGUACAGUCUCUCCAAUAUCCUUGCAGGACCUUCUCUGGCCACGCCCCUCGCCCCUCCCACACUCCGCCCAUUUCACAGUCUAUAAGAAGCGCUACGACGUGACGUCACGUCAUGUGACAACAUCUUUGUCAGUGAACAAAAUGGCGUCCUACUGUCUCCUAGCUGGCCGGAUCCAGCAAGUCUUGGGCCAUGGAGCUCGCAGGUACCACAUUUCAGCCGUCCUAUGCCAGAGGGCCAAAGUGGCGAUGAGCCACUUUGAGCCCAAUGAAUACAUCCAGUAUGAAAAAUUGGGAAAAAACAUAGAUAUCGUCCGCAAGCGUUUGGACCGACCCCUUACCCUUUCUGAGAAGAUUGUUUAUGGCCAUCUUGAUGAUCCAGUUAAACAGGAUAUAGUGCGUGGAAAGACUUACCUUCGGCUACGACCAGACCGGGUGGCUAUGCAGGAUGCCACAGCCCAGAUGGCCAUGCUCCAGUUUAUUAGCAGUGGGUUGCCCAGAGUGGCUGUGCCUUCAACUAUCCACUGUGACCACUUGAUUGAAGCCCAGCUUGGUGGAGAUAAGGAUCUUAAGAGAGCGAAGGAUAUCAACGAGGAAGUGUAUAACUUUUUGUCAAGUGCUGGGGCUAAAUAUGGUGUUGGUUUUUGGAAACCAGGGUCAGGCAUCAUCCAUCAGAUUAUCCUGGAAAAUUAUGCAUAUCCUGGAGUGCUGCUUAUUGGUACAGACUCCCACACUCCUAAUGGUGGCGGGUUAGGUGGGAUUUGCAUUGGUGUAGGUGGUGCUGAUGCUGUGGAUGUUAUGGCCAGCAUUCCUUGGGAACUCAAAUGCCCAAAGGUUAUUGGUGUCAAACUAACUGGAAAGCUGUCUGGCUGGACUUCCCCGAAAGACGUAAUUCUAAAACUAGCUGGCAUCUUAACAGUCAAGGGUGGUACCGGAGCCAUUGUAGAAUAUUAUGGACCUGGUGUAGACUCUAUUUCAUGUACUGGAAUGGCUACAAUCUGUAAUAUGGGCGCUGAAAUUGGAGCAACAACAUCUGUAUUUCCUUACAAUCAUCGCAUGAAAAAGUACUUGGAGAAAACUGGGCGUUCAGAUAUUGCAUCUGUUGCAGAGGAGUUCAAGAGCCAUUUGGUAUCGGAUGAGGGUGCUGAAUAUGAUCAAGUGAUUGAAAUUAAUUUGGAUGAGCUAAAACCAUAUAUCAAUGGACCUUUCACCCCUGACUUGGCAACACUUGUAUCUGAGGUAGGAGCUGUUGCAGAACAGAAGGGAUGGCCUUUGGAUAUCAGAGUCGGUCUCAUUGGCAGCUGUACAAAUUCCAGCUAUGAGGAUAUGGGCCGCGCAGCUGCUGUAGCAAAGCAAGCCUUAGCACAUGGACUGAAAUGCAAAUCUCAGUUUACAAUCACUCCAGGAUCUGAACAAAUCCGAGCCACCAUUGAACGAGACGGUUAUGCUGCCGUUCUCCGUGAUGUAGGGGGUUUAGUACUCGCAAACGCCUGUGGACCUUGUAUUGGUCAGUGGGACAGGAAGGAUAUUAAAAAGGGAGAAAAGAACACAAUUGUCACCUCAUACAACAGAAACUUCACCGGAAGAAAUGAUGCAAAUCCUGAGACUCAUGCAUUUGUCACGUCUCCAGAGAUAGUCACAGCUUUGGCCAUUGCAGGAACCUUGAAGUUUGACCCAGAAAAGGAUUUCCUCACUGGGACUGAUGGAAAAAAAUUUAAACUAGAGGCACCAGAUGCAGAUGAGCUGCCAAAAGCUAACUUUGAUCCAGGUCAGGACACAUACCAGUACCCACCUAAAGAUGGAAGUGCUGAGCGUGUAGUUGUGAAUCCCACAAGCCAGCGCCUGCAACUUUUGGAGCCUUUUGAUAAGUGGGAUGGAAAAGAUCUGGAAAAAAUGCAGAUUCUCAUCAAGGUGAAGGGUAAAUGCACAACCGAUCACAUUUCUGCAGCCGGACCUUGGCUGAAAUUUAGAGGUCACUUGGACAACAUUUCUAAUAACUUACUGAUUGGUGCCAUCAACAUAGAGAACAACAAGGCCAACAGUGUGAAAAAUGCGGUAACUCAAGAAUAUGGAACCAUCCCUGACACAGCUCGCCAUUACAAGGCAAAUGGAAUCAAUUGGGUUGUUAUCGGUGAUGAGAACUAUGGAGAGGGAUCUAGCAGAGAGCAUGCAGCCCUGGAGCCAAGGCAUUUGGGAGGCAGAGCCAUUAUUACAAAGAGCUUUGCAAGAAUUCAUGAAACCAACCUUAAGAAGCAGGGACUCUUGCCUCUGACUUUCUCUGACCCGGCUGAUUAUGAUAAAAUUCAUCCUGAGGACAAGAUUACACUUACAGGGCUUAAGGACUUGGCACCUGGAAAGCCUGUCAAAUGUAUCAUCACACAUCAGAAUGGUAGUGAAGAGACUAUUCUGCUGAACCACACCUUCAAUGAGACACAGAUUGAAUGGUUCCAGGCUGGCAGCGCUCUUAACCGUAUGAAGGAACUCCAGUAGAAGCACUUGGCCAAUCGUUCUUUGCCGCUAACAGACUGUUCAUUCCCAGAAUGGAUAACCAUGCCAAUGUGUCAGUCACUCAUAAAUAGCACUUAAACAGUUUCCUUAUUCAGUCUGUGUUACAUCUGUUCAAGGUUUUUUCAUUGGAGGAGCUGCCACUCUUAAUAUUCUGAGGCUGAAUUCAAAUGAGCAUAAUACAGAGGAUUUUUUGUGCCUGUAUUAUAGCUGGGUUUAAUUGAAAACUGACAGCAUCAUAGAUAACUAUGGUGUCAUUCGACCUGUGGUCUGGCCUGGACUUGCAGCCAUAAUGCAGGCACAGAAAUUCACUUGUAUUGUACUUGUGUGUUCAGCCAUACAUGGUUCAGUCAUACAAGAUCUUGUAUUUAUUGGCAGCUUUGUCUCCUGUUCAAUUGAUCAUACUACUGUAAUUCUCUCCAGGCUAUGAAAAAGAAUCAUGUGGUAUUAAUAUAUUUUAUUUCAGAACAGACUUUAUAAAUUAAAACCUGUUAUUGGA